UCUCUCUCCUCUCUUGUGUCUUCAGACCACCACAUGUAUGUUGUCAGAGAGCGGUGAUGGACGUUGUCAUCCUGGAGGCUUGUGACACAAACGUCUUGGUGAGAUGUCCUCAAGUGGCAACGCAAACCAAUCUUCCCUGCCGGUGACAGCUCUGCCUCUGCCCUUCAACGACACCACCUCCUCACAGUCCCCAGAAUGGGAGGAGGGAGGAGUCAGUCGUGAAGCUGCAAAAGUCUGGCCGUCUAAUAACCUGCUCCUGUCAGACCUCUCGGUUAUUGGGCAUGAUGAGCAGUGCUACAUGUCCUCGGUCCUCACGGCGUUUCUGGUCGUAUGGUACAGCGUCACUAUGGUGCUGGGGCUGGUGGGAAAUGUCGGACUUAUCUGCAUCAUCGCCCGACGCAGAGAAAAAGUCAAUGUGACGAGCAUUUUCAUCUGCAACCUUUCAUUCUCUGACAUUCUUGUCUGUGUUUUCUGCCUCCCCUUCACGGUCAUAUACACACUUAUGGACCACUGGGUCUUCGGGUCGAUGUUGUGCCGUCUGGUUCCAUUUAUCCAGUGUGUAUCUGUGACUGUGUCCGUGCUAUCUCUUGUAUUCAUCGCAUUGGAGCGACAUCAACUCAUUAUCAAUCCCUCCGGAUGGAAGCCCAGCAUCACUCAAGCCUACAUGUCUGUUAUUGUCAUCUGGAUAUUGGCUGGUUUCACCUCUUCACCUUUCUUGGCCUUUCAGCUGCUGACAAAUGAGCCUUAUACGGACGUCAUCCUACCAGGGUCUGCAAUCUUUUCACCAGAAUAUAUCCAUACAUCCAAUUCCUCUGUGCUUCAAGACUCACAACACUCCCACUUUUCAUUGGUCUCCACCUCAUCGCAUCUGGAGGCCUGUAUGGAGCACUGGCCCUCGCAGAAGCAGAGGCUGACCUACACCACGUGGCUUCUUCUCUUUCAGUACUGUGGCCCUCUGUUACUGGUUUUCUUGUGCUACGUCAGAGUGUUUGUACGUCUGCGCCAUCGCAGGGACAUUCUGGACCGCACCAGAAACCAAGACAACAAUCGCAUAUCUCACAGCCGCCGAAUCAACAUCAUGCUGGUGGCUCUGAUAACAGCUUUUGCUGUAUGUUGGUUACCACUCACGAUCUUCAACGUGGUGUCGGACUGGAACCAGGAUGCACUACCGAUCUGCCACCAUAACUUGCUCUUCUCUCUUUGUCACCUGCUUGCCAUGUCCUCCACCUGCAUCAACCCCAUUAUCUAUGGAUUUCUCAACUCCAAUUUUCGCCAGGAGGUCAAAGAGAAACUUCUCCACUGCUGCUGCCGUACUUUAGAAGAGGAAGGGGAGCACUUCCCCAUGUCCACCAUUCACAUGGAAGUGUCUCACACAUCUGUGCCACCACACACUGGGAGCAACUCUGUCUGAUAGAGGAGCAUCGGGUUGCUGCCAGUAUAUAUCAUGGAAUGUGAAUGUGAAUAUAAAUUCUAAAAAGAAAAAAUAAACAUAAUUUUGAUGUCCACUGAAGUCCUGUUAAACAAGUUAGGAAAAGAUGAUGACAUUGACUAAAUAAAGUUGUAAAUGUAUAAAGUUUGACCUCACAUUUCAGUGUCAUUUGGAUGGACAUCCUGGGCUGGAAAGAGAAAGUUAGUUUUACAAAAGCAGUAGUAAUUGUUUUUGUAGUUUGUGAACACAAGUGCAAUUUGUGAUGAAACUAUUUGAUCUGACAUGACAUGUUUGUAGACCAUUGAAAUUGUGUGUAUUGUGAAAUUGGUCCUUGGACUUGAAGAGUUCAAACUAGGGCUAUAACUUGCUGAUUCAAAAGUGUUGUGUAAUCGAAAUAUGUGCUGAAUGAUUUUAUUAUUGAAUGUGUGCUGCAUUCUGUUCCACCAAUGUGAGUGUUCUGUUAUCUGUUAGGUUGAGAUUGAUGUUUACUGUGUAUAGCCAUAGACUGUGACACAAGGCAGCUGGUAUUUUGUGCUGUUUCCUCUUAAUAAAAAAUUAAU